GCCCCCGGCGCUCCGCCCACCCCUCCUGCGCAGGCGCGGAGCCGCCGAGCCCGCCGCUCGUGCUCAGGACACGCGCGAACGCGGCGAUGGCGGAUCUUGAGCUGCAGCUGGUGGCGCGGCGUAUCCGCAGCUUCCCCGACUUCCCCGUCCCCGGCGUGCUGUUCAGGGAUAUCUCGCCUCUCCUGAAGGACCCCGACUCCUUCCGCGCCUCCAUCAGCCUGUUGGCGAAUCACCUGAAAAAGGCCCACGGGGGCAGGAUUGACUACAUCGCGGGUCUCGCCGACAGGCCUAGACUCCCGUGGUUUCCUGUUUGGUCCCUCCCUGGCCCAGGAGCUGGGCUUGGGCUGCAUUCUCAUCCGAAAGCGAGGGAAACUGCCGGGCCCCACCGUGUCUGCCUCAUAUGCGCUGGAAUACGGGAAGGUGAGAAGGCUGCGGGCAGGGCUGCCUCCGUGGACCCAAGUGGAGCCGCCAAGGUUGGCGUGGACCCGGGAGCUGAGACGCUCAGGAGCUGGGCCGGGCUGACAGAGCCAGGAAACAGGGCUGAGCUGGAAAUCCAGAGAGACGCCCUGGAACCAGGACAGAGGGUGGUGGUUGUGGACGACCUGCUCGCCACUGGCGGAACCAUGUGUGCAGCCUGUGAUCUGCUGGGCCAGCUGCGGGCCGAAGUGCUGGAGUGCGUGAGCCUGGUGGAGCUGACCUCGCUGAAGGGCAGGGAGAAGCUGGGGGCUGUGCCCUUCUUCUCCCUUCUGCAGUUCGAGUGACCCUGUCUCUGCCCACCCCACCUGCCAGAGGGCCAGCCUGGGUGGCUGCAGCGACACCCUCCACAGGCCACCGGGGGGCACUGGCUACUCGCCUGGACCAUUUUCUUUCAGCAGUUGAGGGACUUUCUCCAAGGCCAGCCUCUGCCCAUGGCCUCCCUGCAGGCUCUGGAAGUGCCAAGGCCUGGAGUCGGGGCUGGAACUGACCAACCCCCAGGCCGCUGCAGGCUAGUAGGUGGUGGAAUGGGGAAGAAUAAACAACUUUCUAGAGCA